CAGACAGUGAGUCACGUUGGAAAUACAUAUAGGGAUAGAGAUUCUUACUGAAGUUUUUUGUUUUACUGAUUUUUUACCGUUUUGGCCUUCUAUCUAAUUAUAUAUUUAUUGGCCGCGAUGGGAUAUACACAUAUCAGUUUACUGGUGGUAUUCGUUACUUUUUCUUUCGGGGUGGUUGUGAACUCUGCGUCGACAAACACAACAUCGUCCCCAGCAGUGUCAACGACACCGACACCAGAACCAGAGUGCAUUUCUUUGACAAGUUGUGAUGAAUGCUUAAAAUAUACUAAAUGUUACUGGUGUAAUAAAGACGAUACAGGAUGUGGAGAUUACCCCAAGGGUGAUAUUCUUCCAACCAAACAAUGUCCUCUUUCAGAUGCAAGAUGGCUUGUAUGUUGGUUGAAUUUCGAAGCCCUGUUGAUAUCUAUGGGAGUGAUUGCUGGUGUACUUUUGAUCAGCUGUUGCUGCUGUGUUUAUUGCUGCUGUUGUAGAUCUGGUAGAAAUAAGAGAAAAUAUGCCAGAGAAGAUGCUAAACUUGAAAGCCAAAGAGAAGAAAGAAAAAUGAGACAAGAAGAAAGACGUGCUGAACGCAAGGCCAAGAAUGAUGAAAUCAGAAAAAAAUAUGGACUUAUUAAAGACGACGACGAUGACUAAAAUGCGUCCUGUUUUACUUACAGGCCUAAUGAAAGAUGAUGUUGGAUACACCCAGUUUGAAAACUCAUAGAAAGUAAUAUUAGUAGAUGAACUAAUUUUAAACAAGAAGUGUGGGUCUACUUUGAUGUUGAAAGUUUUUAUACUGGGGGUUACUUGAAAUCAGUGACAUUUACAUAUGCUUUGAGAAUUUAAUUGUUACUCAGAUUUGGAGGUUCUUAGUUUGAAAUCCAAAUAACAGUUAUUAAUUUAGUAAUUUAUCUAAAAAAAUUAUUUAAUAUAGCCUUGACGCCCACUCUGCCUGAAUCAGAAUCUGUUUCUUCCAAAUUGAACUGGUGCACAGAGAAGAACAAAUCACAAUGCAAAUUUGAUAAUUAUUUUUAUGCAAAAUUUGUAGAGCAAUUAAGAAUAUUGAAUUCACUUUUCCAAUACCAAAAUAUUCCUCAUUGGCUGCAUUUCUACCUGCCUGUAUUUAUCCACUAGCGUUAGUCCGUGAUGUGAAAAUGCCACUUCAAUAAUUUAUAGUGAAUGUACUGGUUAUUCAGGGCUUGAUUGUUUGGACUGUUUUUUUUGUGAAUCAAACAGCAGAUAUUCUUAAUUUGAUAUACCAUUGUUCUUAUAUCAGUUAAGUUCAAUGUUUUUUUUUGAUGUAAUGUGCUUGGAAGGUAAAUUUUUUUAUUUUCUAAUCGACAUAAUUAUUUUAUUUGUUCUAAAUAAUGUGUAGUUUGGUUGGGAAUGAAAUCUAUAUUUUUAUGUAAACUGGCUGAUACUGUAAUAUGACUAAUUUUCUCUGGGUUUAAAUUUCACUGAUUUGCCAUUUCAGGCAUAUUCAGUGGGUUUUAAAUUCACGGUUUUAUCAUUUAGAUAGUGUGUUCUAUGCUAAAUUUUACUAAUUCACUGAGUUUUAAUUUAGCGUAUUUUCCAGUCAGCGAAAUAAGCCAAAUUAAAACACAGUGAAUAAUUACCCCCUUUACAGUAUUUGAUAUUUCUCUCUUGACAAAUGGUAUUGGGAAUUUGUUGAAAUGUACAAAUAUUUAUAUAUCUAAAUUUGUUAUUCAAAACACACAAAUCAGAUAUGAUAAAAAGCUAUCUUAUUUUUCUUCAGUUCAAUUUUUGGAAAAAAAAUAGUUUCGAGUUUCCCUGACUGCUAAAGAGCUGGUUUGCGUUUAGUCACAGUCCCUCUAUAGACUGUGGUUUAGUGCAGGAAUGGGUAAACUCUUACUGUAGCGUGUUUCAUAAUAGAUAACUUUUUGACUGUCGCUCCAAUUCACUGUAUCACCACUGAACUGCACAUAGUUAUACUAUGGUAAAUGGGAAUGGUUAUCCAAAUAUGUCAUUUCUCAAAAACCAACAUUGUAAUUAAAUCUUAGAGGUCAUCUUAUAAGAAAAAUAACUAUUCUAUACUGGAUGGCCAGAAUUUGAAUUGUUCCUAUCAUUCCUACCAUUACCUAGCAACCUGUGGACUGUUAUUUUGUCAGUGGUGUGUGUAUAUUAUGGGUCUGUGGCAUGUGAUGGAUGAUAACGUGUGGUAAUAAUGUUAACGGGUGUUUAUAAUUCUGAUUUGCAAAUAUCCCACCGAAUGUAAAAUAUAUAUGGUUGUAAGGGAAAAGUUGGCUGUGCUCAUGUUUGGAUUAUUCCUGUUUUUCAGACAAGCAGCACAAAAUACUAGUAUAUCCAUAAAUUUGACUGAUUCAAGUACUUUUUUUCUUCUUCAGAAUUGCUAACAAUAUAAAAUAGGACUUGCUUUAUUUGUAUUCAUUAAAUAUCUGCGAAGAUAUUACUUCUCCUUUGUAUGUGUAUUCCAAUUGUAGUUAUCCUCAAUGGUGUACUUUUCUACCUGUGACAUGUUACCAGCUGAAACACAAUGAUAUUAGCGAGGUAGUAGCACUGACUACUUUGUACAAAUUUAACUAUCGGUAUAUAUUUGAUCAAAAAAUAUUUUCUGUUUAUAUAUACUCCAGAAUAUCCUUUACUGGUACAUUUCUGCCAUCAUAUUUUAUGAAAUGUACAUGUGCCUCAACUUACGAAAUGUAAUACACUUAGAAUAUAUAUAAAAGGUACAAAAAUUUGAAUUGAUGUUGCGUUAAAAUCCUAUUAUUAACCCCAUUUUUAUUGCAACGACAAAAGUGAGUUUAAAGUUUGGGUGUGGUUUCUUAUUGAUAAUAUUUAAGUUCAAACUAGAAUUUCCACACAGAAAAUUACAAAUUUUGAAGUUUGAUAAGAUUAUUCAUUCAUGAUUUAAUGACAUUAAAUUUGAAGGGAGAAUCACUGCCAACUUGGAACAACAUCUGCCAACAUCUUGAAAUCAUCAAAUGACUUGCCAGUAUGAUCAGUGUUCAUGGGGAUGGAGGGAUGUGUUUUGCGUUACCAUCUCACUCUGAAAAUAUUCCACCAAUCCACAUGGUUUAUAUUGAAUAGAUCGUAGUUUUUAAUUUUUGCUCAUAUGACUUUCAAUAAAGUGUACGGUUAGUAAUGGGAUUUAACGGCAAUGAGAAAUAUAAAAAUAAUUUUAUAUAUUGUCCCAUUUAUAAAAAAAAUAUUGUGCUGUCCUGUGUAGUGACAGCGAUAAAGGGCAUGGGAUUUUCAUUUUUUUGAAUGGAUAAUAUAUUUUCUAAGAUGUUUAAAGGGAAACCGCUCAAUCCCAUGGAUUGCACCAAAGAAUCAUGGGACACUAUUGUUUAUGUUGUUUACAAUGUUAAUCUAUCUUUUGUUAUCCAUUGUUAUUUUAAUCCAGAAAGUAAAUUAGUUGUGAAAUUAAGCUUAACUGGAAGGUGACCCUUUAAGGUACUGCUUGCUCUCCCCCCCCCCCCCCCCCAAUGAUAAAUCAUAAUUUCUAAGUGUUGGAAAGAUUCAUGCUUUUCAAAAUUCAAGGUUGCAGUACUAUGAUUAAUCACAAAUAAACAAAAGUUA